GUCCAACGGUUAGGAUAAUUGCCUUCCAAGCAAUAGACCCGGGUUCGACUCCCGGCAGACGCAAUCUAUUUUUUUUUUCUGACGCGAUACCAAAAGAUAUCGCGAUAUUUAACGAGUUUUUGUCGAUUUAUUUAGGUACCGGCGAUAUUUUGACACGGAAAAGAAAUAUAAAAUCCGCAAGUUCUUGCUUAAUGGGUUCAGUAGGAUCGAUUCGUGCCGGCGGUGGGUGAAUUCCAGUCGGAGGCUUAGGUCAGUUUGGGGAGCUGCCUGACGGAAGACUACCCAAUUUCCCAGCCCCUAAUUCGUUCCGAUUUCUCCUGUCCCUGCAACGUAAUGUUGGGCAGACAAUCAGGGAAGAGUAAGCGACCGGAGAAGAGCCAGAUGGAAGAAGAAUCAAGGAGAGCUGGGAGCGGAGAAAGGAAGACGGAGCCGCCGCGGGCUAGAUAGCGGAAUUGGCGCGGGGAGAAUGAGGAGCGAAGAAGGGAUUCUGGUGGGAUCAAGAGAGAAGGGAUUUCAGGGGGGGGGGGGGGGGGGGGGGGGGGGGGGGAGAUUUGGAUUGAUGAGGGUUCUGCUGCUCUUUUUUUACUUCCCCGUCUCUCUUCUGAAGAACGUGUCAAUGUGGUUAGUCCAGUUCUUUCUCUAUUAGUACUGUCAUCGAAGAACAAUUCUCAACCGCAGCAGCCACCUUAGCAGUUUUCAUGAUCCCAUCAUCACGUUGUUGAAAUUGCACAUGAUGAAUGAGAAGCCAUGGUGGCGAAGUAGUAGUCAUGGUGCUGCUGUCGAGAGUAAAUGGUCCGAGUUUUGUUACUGGUCGGAAUCUCUGCUGCUGUUGCUACUGAUAGAUGGUGGAUUAGUGGUGGAAUUGACCACGAGGAAGACCGAUAGUUACACCUCGAUGUUGAUAUGCAGCACGACUCUGUGCCUGUGGUCGAAAUGAGGGUCCUCAUUGUAUAUCCUUCACAACACAAACUACUUCCCCUGUUGUCUCAUAUGCAUCACAAAUCAUAUAAAAGUGAGGAAAAGCGUUAGACAUAUGCUGCAUAUUAGUUACCUUAACCAAAGAUUUCACUGAUGCAGGUAUAGCACAUGGAUCCAUCUGGCACAUUCUGGCAAUGCACUGCAAAGGGAUAUUGGUUCAGGUUCUGAAGGUGCAGAUAGGUAUCUCCCAAGAGCAAUAUAACAAGGUUGUCAUGUUUCUCGCUCUUAUCUUGUUCAGAUUCAAAGCGAUCAUUAACCUAAACAAGUUAAAAACUUAGCAAAUUCACCAUGCUCGAACUUCAAAACUUUAAUUCUUAAAAUAAACUCCUUCAGUAAUAUUCUGAUCUCAAAUCCGCAUAUUCUCAAAACAUAAAGUCCAAACAAGGCAUAAAGGGACAAGAGAAUAGAUCAGCAUAGAUUUUGAUCCAGUUUGCUACUACAAGCUAGCAUUUUUUUUAAUGGUGUUUGAAUAGAAGGGUCUUUUGGCUUAUCUUUAGUCUUCAUAUUUACAUAGUUUAACUUCGUAUGUUUCCCAUACAGAGUAACGAGUAAAAAACAAAAUUGAUGAUGUAUAAUUGUCAUAUUUUUUAAAAAAAGGUACAAAUACUGAUUGAAGUCCAAAUGCAACGCAGUUGUGAAGUCAACUUUUUCUAUGGAAAACCCUUUUCAUUUUUAUCUGCAGGUCUAGGAAGCAAUGAUGUGAAGUAUAGAAGAAAACGAUGAACACAUAGCUACAAAGCAGUAGACGCCAAUCAUAGUUGAAGUUAACUUAAUUAGCCUAUGUAAAUUGCAAUGCCUAAUAUAAGAUUCAUAUUUGGACCUCUUCCUAUAAUUCUAGCGGGACGAAUUGAUUCUUGAUAUAGGGGGGAUAUUCUUAUUUGCGGAACAAAUGGGUUUUCGAUAUAGGGGGUCGGUUCUGUACUAACUUCAAGUUUAUUAUUGGUUUAUAAACUAAGAUAAUAAAUUUAUUUUAAGCAAGAUAAUAUCAAUGAGACAACAAGACUUUAAGCCUACCCUUUCUCCUGCCUAUAUAUGCAUAGAGAUCCCAGGUGAUAAUAUGCUUGAUUGUCAAGUAGUCUAUAGCUAGCCAUAAGAGAGAGUUUACGAUCAAUAUGGUAGUUUCCCAAAAGACAGCAUAUUUUUGUUGGUUGAUUGUGUUCAUAAGGGUGAUGGUGUUGUUUGUGAUGAUGACAGAAUGGAAGGGCUGUGAUGGUUGCUUGGAGAACGAGAGAGCUGGUCUUCUUCAUAUCAAGGCCUCCUUUGGUAAUUUGGAUUCCUGGGGCACAAGAGCAGGAAGGGCCAUUGAGGACGAAUGCUGCAACUGGGUAGGAAUUAGCUGCAAUCCAGCCACGGGAAGGAUUACUGAUCUCGAUCUCGAUGAUAUCACUUCUCCUGAUGGUCAUGAUGAGUUUUACCUGAAUGCUUCUGUGUUUCUGCCUUUCCAAGAACUGAAAAGCCUUUCACUGGAGUACGGUUACCUGACUGGGUGCAUGGAGAAUGAAGGAUUCGAGAAAUUGUUGAAGCUUGCUCAUUUAGAACGUUUGGAUUUGAAUCAUAACAGAUUCAACAAUGAUAUUCUGUCACCUUUGAGCACUCUCGUAUCGUUGAAGCACCUGGAGCUUUAUGAGAACGAACUGUCAACUAAUGUUGCAGGCCUGGAAGAAUUAUCAAAACUUCCUAACUUGGAGCACUUGAAUCUAGGCCGUAACAAGAGGUUGGGGAACAGCAUUCUAUCACUUUUGAGUAGCAUCUCGUCUUUGAAGUCACUGACGCUAUCUGCAGUUGGAUUGAAUGGGACAAUCAGCGUCUAUGGCUUAGGGGCUUUGAUCAAUUUGGAGGCAAUUGAUUUAACUGGAAACGACAUUGUAUUGAAAGAUUUGGAUGCCUUUACAAACUUGAAGACUCUUACUAUUGAUGCAAGUUGUCUUACAGAACUUCAAGGGAUUCCUCAUAUGACCCAUUUGGAGGAACUACAAUUGCAAGGCUUCUCAAUGUCUGAAGACAGCACUUUGCUUCAAAGCCUUUCAACACUUCCUGCUCUUAAAAUUUUGGGGUUUUCAGGAUCUGACCUACAUUCUCAAGGAUGGCUGGUCAAGUUGGAAAAGUUGGAAAAUCUGACCAUAUCUAAUUCUAUUGCGCAAGGUGACUUCCUUGAGACCAUUGGCACCAUGAUGACCAAUCUUAAGAGUCUAAUAAUUGAUGGUUUGUCUCUCAAUUCGACUCUUCCUCAAGGUUUAUGCAACUUGAAGGAUAUGGAAGUAUUAGACCUCUCGAGUAGCAACUUGAGAGGUGAGCUACCGUGGUGCCUAUCGAAUUUUACUUCACUUCGAGUAUUCGAUAUCUCUGGAAAUCGAGUGUCAGGAGAUAUCGCCCAGUCUCCUCUUACGACGCUCUUCUCCCUCGAGAAGAUCGACGUUUCUGGUAACGAUUUCCGAAUCCCGCUCUCCCUCUCCCCAUUUUUCAAUCAUUCCCACCUCCAGUUCUUUGGUGGGUAUGACAUUCAAGAGAUAUAUGGAGACCAUCAUAUCAAACAACAGCAACAUGGUGCACCACCAUUGCUACCACCUCUGUUCCAACUGGAAGUACUGGGUUUGUCUUCAAGGCACGAUGAUGGUGAAUAUGUUGGCUCAUUUCCCAACUUUCUCUACCAUCAACGUAACCUAGAACAUGUCUUCAUAUCGAACAACAGAAUGAAGGGAGUUGGGUUUCCAUGGUGGUUGUUGCAUAACAACACUAACUUAGUAGAGAUCAGUUUGGUCAAUUGUUCACUUUCAGGGCCUUUCGAACUGCCAAUCAAUCUCCAUCCCCAUGGAAGACUACAAGUAUUAGAUAUAUCCAGCAACAACUACAUCCAUGGCCCCAUUCCUCCUCAUCUUUGUGCAUUCCUUCCGAUGUUAGGACUGUUAUACAUUUCCGACAAUCAGCUCUCUGAUAUUAUCCCUGAAGAACUCUCAAACUGCUCCUUUUUAGAAGUCCUAGAUGCCAGUAACAAUCGUCUCUCGGGCGAGAUUCCAGGACGAGUUUUCGAUAUGCCCGAGCUCUCCCUCCUCGACUUGUCGAGGAAUAAUAUCACUGGAAGUUUGCCACUAGGUUUCAUUUCUCCAUGGAUAUCUGAAGUUUACUUGUCGAGAAAUCGACUGCGAGGAACCUUAUCAUCACAUGGAGCAGAGCCUGGGAACUAUAUGUUGGAAGUCUUGGAUCUUAGCCACAAUAACUUGGAAGGUACCAUACCCAAAUGGAUUGCAGGAUUCCCUCAGCUAACCUAUCUCUUGUUGAACAACAACGGGUUUUCAGGUGAAGUUAUGAUGGCUUUUUGCUUGGAGCAGUUGAGGUUGAUUGAUGUUUCUCAUAAUCACCUGUCUGGUCACCUUGCCUCUGCAUUCACAUCCAACACCAGUUGUGGUGAUAGAAUGAACUACAUCUCCCCUUCUCGAAGUCUGGAAUUCGUCAGUAAAACACAUUUGUAUACUUAUAAUGGUGUGCCCCUUGACUUGAUGUGUGGCAUGGAUUUCUCAAGCAACAGUUUUGUUGGGGAGAUCCCUCUGCAGAUCGGUAGCGACCUCAUCGAAAUCAAAGUGCUCAACUUAUCAUACAACAAGCUGACGGGAUCGAUCCCUUCCACUCUGUCAAACCUGCAACAGAUCGAGAGUUUGGAUCUUUCGAACAACAAUCUCAGUGGGGUGAUUCCGCCUCAACUCACCGAGCUAAGUUAUCUUGCAUCUUUCAGUGUGGCAUACAACAAUUUGUCUGGUAACUGUCCUAAACAGACUGCACAGUUCAUUACUUUUGAUGAAAGCAGCUAUCGAGGAAAUCCUUUCCUUUGCUGCACUUUCCCUAUACGACCAGAAGAACCAUUACCAGGGCCAUGGGGGUCUUAUGACAGAGAUGACGAUGGUGAUGGAGGAGGUUUUGUUGAUAUGGAGACGUUCUACAUAACUAGUGGAGUGACUUAUGUUAUGAUAUUGUUGACAAUUGCUAGUGUUUUGUAUAUAAAUCCGAAUUGGCGACGAGUAUGGUUCUACUAUGUCGGAGUCACCAUUACUAGUUGCCAUCAUUUUACGGCGAACAAUCUUCCUGUGUCGACCGAGUACAAAAUGUGGAAGUUUCAUGCAUAGUAGUAUUGAAAUUCUUUCGUUUUAAGUCUUUUUAUAGUGGAAUUUCGUGUACCCGUCAUUAUAUUUCCUGGUAUGGAAUCAAGUUGAUUAUGUAAUUUGUCAAUUGGGUUAACCGAUGGUUACUAACCGGCUAGCAUUCGAUAAGGGAAUUUCUUGUUCGCCAACCGCGCCAUUAGCCGAUAAAUCGUUUAAAAUUCCUCGUUUUUGUGUGAUCUCUUGACUUGUACAUAGAGGUCAUCUGUUAGACCUUGGCGCUUUUUCUAUUUGUUUAUCAUACUCAUGGUCAUACAUUGAUCGCUUGAUCAUGUAUGACUCUAUUGACGGCUUCGUAGUCCAUUCGAGCAAUAGUGAAUAGCACAUAGAAGAUAGAAACAUGAUGAUUCCAUGUAUUUGAGGGUCCAUAAGCUGACACCAAAUCAAUGCAUAGUUAAAUGGGUAGUAAUGGAAUGGAGAAGAUUUCUGAUUACGUGUGGAAUAUUGGUGAGAUGCUCUUAUCUUCUCCAAGAGGAAUUUUAGAAAGAAAUGUACUUUCCAAUU